AUGAUUAUGGAGGAAGAAAGAUAAUAGAUUUUAAGUAGUGCUAGCAAUUCUAGAUAGAUGAAUAUUGAGUGUUAAGGCGACAGUCCUGCUUAAACGUUAAAUUAAUCUCAAAAUAAUGUUUAGUAAAGUGCAGUAGAAGUAAAUAGCCAAAACGUUUAAGAAAAUAUAGAGCAAGCAAAAGUCUUGAAUAACUAAUAAAAUGGCUAAUCUAACAUAAGUGAAUAAUACUGGCAGAGCAAAAAAAAUGGUUUUAUUUAAGAAUUAAAUAAACUGUUAAUCCAAGGAAUUGAUUUAUCUGAAUAAAUCAUGUUUGCUAUGCCAUAAGAAAUUUUAUCGUAAAAAAUAUAGGAUUACUUUUCAGCAAUCAACGAUCAAUCUAGCACUGAGUAAAUAGCUGAUUUGUAAAGGAAACUUAUCAAAGAAAGCUGCCUGUGGAUUGUAGAAGGUAAAAAUUGCAAUGAUUUCGAUUUAAUAAAACUCUGUACGGUUUUACAAGAAUACACUAAAUAAUGCUUGGCUUAAAUUUCUGAUAUAUCCCAAAAGGAUUUUGACUUUUAUCGUGACAUAAUUGGCGAAUGGGCUGAAAAAAAGAAUUAUGGAUUGAAGCUCACGAAAGAUAUAUAAACUCUGCUAUUAAAAUAAUAGAAUGAAGGAAAUUUAAGCGAUUAGCAAGUAAGUGCUUUAAAAAUAGGAUUGCAUGAAAUUUGGGAAGUAAAAGAAAUUUAGUGUCUGUCUAAUAAUACAAAGAUUGAAGAGUUAGACUAUAUUAGAAAAAAGCGUCGCUAGCACCAAGCAUUGCUUAGAGGACUAGAAAAACUCAUCAAAGCUAUAGAAAAAGGUAAAGGAGAAGAUGAGGCGUUCAGUGCUUAUCAAAAGACAGUGAUGAAUCCUCCUAAAAUGAAAGUUUAGACUAAAAUUAAUGGAAAGAGUAAUUCAUAAAAAUAAAAUUAAGUAGAUAAAAGUAUAGAAGAUAAUUUGAAAAAAAUGAAGAUUGAUAGUGGAAAAGUAACUCCAAUUGAUGUUGGGGAGAUGCAAAACGAAACUAAUUAAUAGGAAAACAGUUAAUUAAUACAGCAAGAAGCUAAGCCAAAGAAGAAGACCGCUAAAAAGUCUAAUAAAAAAGCAGCUGAAGGUAGUGAUUAGCAAAUUGAAUAAAACGAAGAUACACAAAAAUAAAGUAUUUGUGAAUCCUCUGUUAAUAAUAAUUCAAUAACACAAGAAUAAUCAAAAUAAAUUAGUUCAAAAAAAAAUUAAAACGAAUCUAAAAAAAGUGGGAACCAAUAAUAGUAAUAAUCAGCAUCUAAUACCUAAAAAGAUAAUAAUUAAAAGAAUUUACUCAGCUUCUUUGCUAAAAAGAAUAUUAAUAAUAACGCAAAUGUGGCUAAUCAAAACAAUAAUGAUAUUAAUUCAAAUAAUUUUAAUUCUUUACAAUAAACUUAAACUAAAGAUAAUUUAAAUAAUAUCAAUGAUUUAUCAGAAAAAAAUACUGAAAUUAAUUAAAUGGAAAUUAAAACUGACCAAUAAUAACCUGCUAAACCUGUUAAAAGUUUAUUACGAAGAAUAGGAGGAGCAGACCCUCGUCCAAGUCAUCUCUAAACUACAGACUUAAUUAAGGAUACUACUAAAAACUAGGAAGUAUUCUAAAUUAUUAAAUAAGAAUGCAAAAAGUAGUGGAAUUUGAUUUAAAAAAAAAAAUAAAAUUAAAACAAUAGUCAAACAGAGGUAAAAGGAUUAAAUAAAGCAGAUAAAUUUGGUAGGAGAAAGAUUUUAGUUCUUAUCCAUGAUUUUGUGCGCUAAUACAGAAAUGUGUAUUUUGAUUAAUAGAGCAAAAUCAUUAAUCCACGUAAUUUCUUGUCUAAAGACGAGGACUUAAUAUAGUAUGAUUUGGAUAGUGAAGAUGAAGAGCAAGAAUUAAACGCUGAAAACAUUGAAAACGAAGAAGAUGAUAUAGACGAAGAAGACCAAGAUGAUGAUGAUUCUGCCAAAUAGUUUGUUGUACCAGAUGGGUAUUUAUCUGAUGAAGGAUUUGAUAGUGAUAAAGAAGAUAUCUUUGAUUAAAAAAAGCUCACUUUCUAAAAUUAUAACUUCGUUGAAAAUGCUAAUAAGCAGGGAUUUAUCUUUCAAGAAAAAGACAAAGCAGGUGAUGUCUAAAACUUUUUGAUAAAUUAUAAAAUAAAAAAAUACGAUGAAUAAGAAAAUUUUCCUCUCUGUUUGAAAAAAAAGACAAAUACCUCAGAUGGAUAAGCCCAACCAACUGCAGUCAUUGUUUGGACUAAUGAAAGAUUGAAAUAAUUUAUAAGAGCAGCUCAUGGAUCUUACUAACCUAAGAAGGCACUCCUUGAACAAAUAUCGAAGAUCGAUAUAAUGAAAGAUGUUUCAAAAAAUCGUUUAGAAAAGAAAUUUAAAGAAAUAAUUUAAAAAGAUGAUAAGCAAGACGGUGAAGCUAUUAAAAGAUGGUGUGUCCAUUAAGCAAUAAUAGAGUCACUAGAAUUUGAAGAAAAUGAGAUGGAGGAACUUAAAAAAUAGCGUUAGGAGGAAUAUAAAAGCACAAGACAAAGCAAAAAGGAUGAGAAAAUUACCAAUUAAUAAUAAAAUUCUGCUUUGAAUUUGAAUAAUUUAAAUAAUAAUUAAUAAAACGGUGGGGUUUAAUAAUAAAUCAAACCAAUAGUCGGAUUAAAUAUUUUUUCAUCAGCUGCACCUCUUAAAAAGAAUAUGAAUAUUACUCCUAUUAAAUCAGUACUAAAAUCAGAUGAUGAAGAAGAAAAAUAGGAGCUUGAAAUCGCAGAAAAGAAGUAAAAGGAAAGAAUGAUUGAAGAAGCAGCAGCUGCUGCUAGCAAGAAAUAAGAAGAAGAAAAAAUAUAGUAAUCAAAAGUAGAAAAAAAAGUUAUUUAACUUUAAAGGAAAAAAGAGGAUUUAAAGCCACCUAGUGUUAUAACAGCUGAAGAAAACUCUCAAAAUCAAAUUUAAAAUAGCCAACAAAAUGAAUAACCAUCACGAAAGAAUUCAAAUAGCAUUAAUGAGAAUAGCAAUACAAGCUAAAAAAAAUAAAAAAUGCUUUAAUUAACUCUUCAAUUUAAUAAAAAAUCUUGA